AGCUUCCAUUGGAAGCUAAUGGCCGCCGAACUCUAAUCACGAAACAGCUGAUGUGCAUCAUUUGAGGUUUUUACUCAAAUUUAGUGAUUUUUUUCGAGUAAACUAAAUAAUACCUAAUAGAUGAUACGUUACUUGAGUCACUAUAUUGUGUGGAAUUCAGGAUGUCACUGACCAUACAACAAAUUAUUUUGGAUGCUAAAAGACUUGCUGGCCGUCUUAAAGAUCGCGAGAACGAAGCAGAUACUUUACUAACCGAAACUCAAACGGCUUACAGACAAAUUUAUACAAUUAAACAGUACAAAGAAGAAGUGGAUACACUUAAUGAGUCCUCUCGGGAGAGACCGAGAGGAGAACUUGUAGCAAGCAUGGAGAGAGAAUCUCGUUUGAUGAGGGAUGUACAGCGGGAAAACGGAGAGCUUAGAGCUGCAUUAGAAGACCAUAGAAAAGCUUUGGAGCUCAUUAUGUCCAAAUAUCGACAACAUACUGAAAAAAGAAUAUGGGAAUCACGAAUAGAUUUCACCGCAGCAGUUAAUGAGAAACAGCAGGAAUUGAUCCGUCAGCAGGCAGAAAGAAUAAAUGAGAUGACGAGCAUCAUGUAUAAAGCAGUGAACAUGGAUGAAAAUGGUGAUUCAAGGAAAGAAGAAGAACUUUACCAAAGGCUGAUAACAGAAAAUAAGGGCCUUCGGGAAAUGUUGAACUUGUCAAGGCGGUAUGGAUCAGAUAAGACAUAUGGUCCUCCGAUGGAGGAUAAGGAUGUCCAGACGGACGGGCCUCCACUAUCAGGGGCGUGACGGCCAGUAGUGGAUCUCUGCCCUCUCUGAGCCUCGACUAUCCUUCUUACUCACACAUACAACUCAUCUCACCUCACAUGGGAACUGUUUACACACAAACUGUACAUGUGUUAAUUUGUAUCUGGUGUGCGGGUCAGGGUGUAUGAUCUGAUGAUGGUCACCGUUCCAGUAUACAAGAUAUACAUACAUUAAAGUUACAUGCAAAUUUUGGAUUUUAGGUCUUUUGACAGCCUGUAUCUUUCAUAUUUCUUGUAUAAAAAUGUAACAAAAUUACAAUGAAUAAUAUAUACAUUAUCAUAUUAAUACUGUUUCGCUAUUGGUUGUUUGAUGUUGACUAUUAUAAAAAAUAUCUUUAGUAAUUUACUAGUAUCUAUCGCCAUGUAGGGUUACUUAUACUUCAAAUAUAUGAAAUAUUUUUUUUUUUUAUGUUAACAGUAAGGAAAAAAGUUUUUGCAAAAACUGAAUGGUUCGCAAGUAAUAUGAAAUUCAUUACAUCCUGUACACAUUGUCUCUAACACAAAUAUUUUGUUCUGAAAUAUAUGACAUGGUUGAUGAAAAAAAAUAUUUAUUUUGAUAGAUAACAGUUACCCUUAGCAUUGGAAAUAUAUACAACAGGAAACGUACAAUUAUUGAAACAUUUUUAUGCAUUUUUUUGUUAAAUUUACUAGUGUUAUGUACUUUUUAUGACAUAUGAUUUUAACAUUAACUCAUAUAUAAAGUGUGUUGUGUUAAACAAUUUAUUAUGAUUAAAUGAAAAAUGAAUUGUCACCGUA